AUGAAAUUCUUUGCUCUGUGUGCCUUUCUGCUGCUCGCCCUGGUUGCUGUCCAGGCAACUCCCGAUCAUAACGGUGGACAUGGUGGAUCUGCAGGAAUAAGCCAACCUCAAGGACACGGUUCUGCCGGCCACGGUGGCCCUGCGUCCCAUGGAGGUCCUGUUGGCCAUGGUCCUGCGGGUCACGGCGAGGAUGCUCAUCAUGGAGGUCAUUCCGAUCACGGCAAGGGCCACUAG